AUGCCCCCUGCCCGCGGCCCGCACAAGAAGCCAAAGGCGAAGAAGGCAGAUGCGCCAAGAGCCGCGGCGAUCGUCUCGGAGAACGUGUCGGCGUCGGUGCUCGCGGCGCGCGAUGCCGAAAAGUGCAUCGAGUACCUUCACGGCGCGCUGCGAAAUGGCGGCUUUUGGGAGCCGGCGCCGCCGCUUGCGGGGUUUCUCUCGCUGCCGUUGCCGAGCUUUGAGCUCGGGCAUAUCGAGAGCAACGCCGUGUGGUGCACCGUGCUCGUGCUCGUGCACUGCAUGACGACGCUGCUCGAGUACCACGCCGAUUGGCGCCCGCUGGCCGAGAAGGCGCGCACUUGGCUCUUCGCCCAGCGCUUCUUCACCGCAGGCACGACGCAGCUCGUCAAGCGGGCGUGCUCGCUCUUUCCAAACGACGUCGACUACAAGGCGAUGCUGGCGACCAUCUUUGCGCGCGCGGGCGACGGGUCGGCCGACCAAGUGCCCGUUCAGCGCGGCAACUGGGUCGAGCUCGUGCUCGAGACGCCGCCGUACACCACGUACUACUGGAACCAAGUGACGCGUGAGACGCGGUGGGAGCACCCGCUAGACCCGCAUGUGUUGACGCCGGACGAGGUGGCAGCAGCGACGGCGGCCGCGGAGGCCAAGGCCGCCAAAGACGACCACCUCGCCGCAGUGUUGCCGCAGCGCAUCCGCAUCAAUCAAACUGCGUACAUGGCCCCGCGCCCGACGGAGUGCGAAUCGUGCGGAAAAGGAGUCGUCGCCACCGUGCUCUGCGUCGCUUGUGACGAGUACGAGUGCGACGACUGCUGCGACGUCAUUCAUAUGAACGUGCGCAAGGCCCACCAUAUUCAAGAGAGCUUUCGUUUCGUGUCGUGCUAUGGCCGGAAUGGGCUGCCGUACGUGCGGCCCAGUGCACGGGCCAAAGCGCUUCCGCCGCCGGCGUCAACCUCGUGA